UUCGUGUUCAACGUAAAUCAUCGCGACGUUUUUCUUGUUCCACUCUCCAGACAAGGAAAACCGCGGCCCUGGUGCAAACAAAGGCGUCUUCAAGUGAUUGUCCCGGAACGGAGAAGAGACUCAAGUCCUGGAAGAUGAGCCAAUCGGAGCUGGGUCCGCGCCACUUGGCCGCGAGGAGGAUGCCCUUGAAGUCGGGAUUCAGCUACGGACUGCGGUCUCGGCUCAAUGAAGCGUUCGCUGAGACAUCUGCCGACGCAUCGUAUAGGAUUCGCAACGGGUUUUGAGAAGCCACUUCCCCUUGUGCUGGCUCUGAGAAGCCAAGACAGCGAGCGAGAUGCUUUCCCAGUGCCGCGUCUCCUUGCUUCUGUUGCUCACCCUGGCAGUCCUGGUAUACGUGGUGGAGCCCAGACACCUGACUCGAAGAAACGCGCUCGCUGCCAAGAUCGCCCAGAGGAGGAUGGGAGACAUCGAGUUCCUCCAGCAAAUUUUCAACAGGACCGUGGAAGGCGACAUGGAAGAGGCCUUCUCCAUGGUUGUCGCCAGGGUUUCCGACGACCUCUCCAACACCAUGUCCAAGAUCACCGACUUCCUGGAGGAAGUGAGGCGCAACAUAACCAUGAACGCCAACAAGGCUGCGAAGAAGGAGAGCGCUGAAAGUUCCGAAGAAGCGCCGAAGUGAGCCUCAACAGCAGACGUCUAGGAACGACAACUGUGAGAACUGUGUGGCACUUCAAUAAAAAAGUUUGAGUCACA